GCGGAACCGAGAAACCUGCGCGUCUGCGCGGCCGCAGCCUGGGACCCGGGUCUGCUGGCUCCCGGAGAACACCGGCGCUCCGAAGAUUCACUGAGCUCCCUCCCUGAAGCCUCUCUGCAGCCACUGACUGGACAUCUUAGGCUUCUAGCAGGAAGUAUGGCCCAGAUUAAAGAUGUGUCUUCUCACCUCAAAAUCUGAAUCAAAGGCUUCCAGAAGAAGGGGUGCCCAGAUUGAAGGUGUGUCUCCUACCUCAAGAUUUGCGUUAGAAGUGGAUCUACCUACUUCAAACUAAGCAAAAACUCCCUCACAGGUGUGCCCUCCAUUUUUGGAUUUUAGUUCAUUCCAGAUGUGGUCCAGUUGAUAACCAAGAACAGCCAUCACACCAUCUAAUUCUGCCCCUGUAGUAGGCGGAAGUAUCAUUGGAGCUGUUGUCCUCAGCCCUGCUCUGCACACCAGUGUUCGUGAAAUGAGUGCCCUAUCACUGUCAAUGCUCUGAGCAUGUCUCUACACACCCUUGAGUUAGAUGAGACCUUUGAUGAUGAUCAUCAGCCUUGCCUGAUGUUUAUUUCCUGGAAAUACUUGCAAGAGGUGUGCAGCAGUCCACAGAUAUCACCGUUUGAGCUUCUGGCAACUUCUAACAUGGUCACCGAGGUCAUGGGGCACACCUAUUUAGCCUGAUCAAAACUUCUCAAGCCUUUCUGUCCCAGCUCCACAGGUGCCCUCCCCCCUUUAUCAAGUUACUAAAAGGAUGGGUAACCUGGGUGAAGUGGAAAAUAAAAUCAUAUCAAUGGCUUAGGAGCUCUGCAAAUGUCUGCACCUGUUUUACGGUCACAGGUAAUGGUGAUUUAUGAUUUUAACAACUUUGGUAUCAUACAUAUCUUACUAGGCUAUAACACUUUCACGAAUUUUAUAAUCCUGCCUCCCCUCCUGCACCUAAUUGGGACUGAUCUCCUAUCUCCUUUUUUAUUCCUUUUGUUGUUGUUUUGUUUUGUUUUGAGAUAGAGUCCAUUCAGCUCUGGCUGCCUGAAACUCAUUAUAUAGACCAAGAUGGCCUCAAACUCACAGAGACCCUCCACCUGCUUCUGCCUCCUGAGUGUUGGGAUUAAAGGUGUGCAUGGCCUCCAUAAUUUUUAAAAAGAUUUAUUUUAUGUGUAUGGAUGUUUUUACCUGUAUGUAUGUGCAUGAAAACCAUGUGUGUGCAGUGCCAGUGGAGAGCAGAACUAGAAUUAUAGAUCAUUGUGAGUAAUGUGGUAAUUACUCACAUGGUAAUGUGGGCUCCAGGAACUGCCAUGUGGGUUUGAGUCUGUUGAGCCAUUUCUUCAGCUCCAAACUGCUAGUUUUUUUUUAAUUUAUAUUUUAUUUUAUGUAUGUGAGUACACAGUUGCUGUCUUCAGACUCAACAGAAAAGGGCAUUGGAUCCCCAUUACAGAUGGUUAUGAGCCACCAGGUGGUUGCUGGGAAUUGAACUCAGGACCUCUGGAAGAGCAGUCAGUGCUCUUAACCUGUAAGCCAUCUCUCCAGCCCCAAGCUGCUAGUUUUUGUUUGUUUAGUUUGUUUUUGAGACAGAGUUGGUUGGUAUUGGACCCACAGAGAUCCAUCUGCCUUUCCCUUCAAAGUGCUGGGAUUAAAGGUGUGCAUAACCAUACCCAUCCUCAACCUCACUGUUAGGUACCAAUAGGUACCUUAACCAAACGUCAUAAAAGGGAACUAAUGAUUUAUUGUGGGUGCAAGGACAGAAGACAAAAUAUUGACUGGGUUUAUUUAUACAAAACUUCAAUGAUAACUUAAUCAUAAGAACUCUUCAUGAACCUGUAAAGCUAAUGACAGAAAAUGAAUACCUAAUCUUUCAGAUUCCUUUCUCUUUAGUAUUACUUUUAAAACUUUGUAUGUAUACAGUGUGUAUGGGCAAAUGUGUGCCAGAAACCAUCUAUGAGAAGCUAAAAGCUAGCAGGUUAUCUUCCUAAGAUGGUUUCACCAUGGACUGUAAAAGCAUUUUAGAUGAGCCCUUCUAGGCAAGGUCGAAGAGACUACAGUUUAGGAAAGAUUCCUACUAUUAAUAUGCUUUUCCUAUUAUUAUUAAAUAUAUAUAACAGUCACUAGGUAUCCACCCACCCUUUUGAGCAGAUUUCUGCAGAUCAAUGACAAUAUGUUGUCUUGUAGUGAUGCUAUAUAGACAAAUAGAUGAUUUCUUAUUGCUUAAUGAUAAUCCUAUAAGAAUUCCUAAAAUUAUAUUAGUAAUUAUUAAGUACUUUAUAAUAGGGUUGCUAUUAAAACCUUCUCUGAUAUGAAAACUGCAGUGAGAACUCUGUCAGUCUCCACAUGUCAUGAGUUAAGUUGCUUCUGAGAUAGAAAGCAGGUAUAUACAAUUUAGAACACAUUUCAAGAGGCUACACAGUAAUUGACCAAAGGUCAUAAAAGAGAACUAAUGAUUCAUUGUGGGUGUAAGGACAGAAGACAAAAUGUUGACUGGGUUUGUCUAUACAAAACUUCAAUGAUAACUUACAAGAACUUUCCAUGAACCUGUAAAGCUAGUGACAGAAAAUGAAUGUCUAGUCUUAAUGGGAACAUAUGUAAACAUCUCUGUUGUAAACUCCUUAUUUAAUUCAUGAUUUGAAUUUAUAUGUAAACUCAAGGUGGACUUUUUACCAUGUGCUCAUGUGUUCUGACAGAUGUAUAAGUCCUGAGGACAAAGAGUGGAGAGAGAAUUUUUUUGGAAAGAAUCUUUGGAGAAGACGAACUUAGAAAUAAAGAUUAUCAAAGUGUCCUCUUUUCUUCCUGUGACUUUCACUAGCAGACUGGGAGUUGUAUAAACUCACAGUCUGAGCCAUGGAGAUAUGAACAAAGGCUACUUUGCUUAACCUCCUGCUGUUUUAUGAUGAGGUGCUAAAUACUAGAGACUUGCAGUUUCUGGCUUUAGAGGAACUCAGACAGUGAAGCCACUAAGUAUCUCACUGAAGCUCUCCAGUCUGUCACUGAAUUGGAGCUCGAGGAGAACCUAGAAAAGAUCAUUGAUGCAGUUGAAAAGCAGCCCUUGUCAUCAAACAUGAUCGAACGAUCUGUAGUGGAAGCAGCUGUCCAGGAGUGCAGUCAGUCUGUUGAUGAGACUAUAGAACAUAUUUUCAAUAUCAUUGGAGCUUUUGAUAUUCCACAUUUUAUAUAUAAUUCAGAAAGAAAAAAGUUUCUUCCUCUAUCAAUGACUAACCAUGCUGCACCAACCAUAUUUGGAACAGCAAGGGACAAAGCCGAGCUGUACCGUGAACGAUACACCAUUUUACACCAGAGGACGCACAGACAUGAAUUGUUCACUCCUCCAGUGAUAGGCUCACACCCCGACGAAAGUGGAAGCAAAUUCCAGCUUAAAACAAUAGAAACUUUGCUGGGUAGUACGAGUAAAGUUGGUGACGUGAUUGUCCUUGGAAUGAUAACCCAGUUGAAAGAGGGGAAGUUUUUCCUGGAAGACCCUACUGGAACUGUACAGCUGGACCUUAGUAAAGCUCAGUUCCACAGUGGCCUAUACACUGAGGCAUGCUUUGUGCUGGCCGAAGGUUGCUUUGAAGAUCAAGUGUUUCAUGCCAAUGCCUUUGGAUUUCCUCCCACGGAGCCCUCUAGCACCACAAGGGCAUACUAUGGAAAUAUUAAUUUUUUUGGAGGGCCUUCUAAUGCGUCAGUGAAGGCUUCUGCAAAACUGAGACAGCUGGAAGAGGAGAACAAGGACGCCAUGUUUGUGAUUGUGUCCGACGUUUGGUUGGAUCAAGUGCAAGUGCUGGAGAAGCUUCACGUAAUGUUUUCUGGUUAUUCCCCUGCACCUCCGACCUGCUUUAUACUGUGCGGUAACUUUUCAUCUGCACCAUAUGGAAAAAAUCAAGUCCAGGCUUUGAAAGAUUCCCUAAAAUCUUUGGCAGACAUAAUAUGUGAAUACCCAAGUAUCCACCAAAGUAGCCGUUUUGUGUUUGUGCCUGGCCCGGAGGAUCCUGGAUUUGGUUCUAUUUUACCAAGGCCGCCCCUUGCUGAAAGCAUCACACAAGAAUUCAGACAAAGGGUCCCAUUUUCUGUUUUCACUACUAACCCUUGCAGAAUUCAGUAUUGUACACAAGAAAUAAUUAUCUUCCGUGAAGACUUAGUGAAUAAAAUGUGUAGAAACUGUGUCCGCUUUCCUAGCAGCAGUUUGGAUAUUCCUACCCAUUUCGUAAAGACUGUCUUAUCUCAGGGACAUCUGGCUCCUCUCCCUCUUUACGUGUCCCCCGUCUACUGGGCAUAUGACUACACUUUGAGAGUGUACCCAGUGCCCGAUCUGCUGGUCAUUGCAGACAAGUACGAUCCGUUCACCGUGACCAACACCGAGUGCCUCUGCAUAAACCCUGGCUCCUUUCCAAGAAGUGGAUUUGCAUUUAAAGUUUUUUACCCUUCCAGUAAGACAGUAGAAGACAGCAAACUUCAGGGCUUUUGAGACUUAUGAGACUACGUGAAUGAACUUUCUUAUUUUUAUCUUAUGUAUUUUGUAAAUUAAAUUGUAAUAAACCUAUGGUAAACCUUAGAAUGUUCUACCCAUUGUACUUUAUAAAAAUUUGGUACUAUGUUA